AUGUGGCAACAAGUUCCCGGAUACCUCGCGUUAGAUGCAGUUGGAAAUCGGUGGAAUAGACCAUCCGCACGUUCAUACCCGUGUAGUGCGUAUUCUCAGCCCGAAUGUUUCGAAACGGAUGAUAACGUUAGUGAGUCACUUACUGUGAGGCUUCGAGCUAUUACUAAAGGUAAAAGGAGACUGACGCUUGAAGCAUCAAGCUGCGUUGGUAGUUUGUGUACUAGGAAGCCAUUGAGAGGAUUGCAACGUGACAAUUUGAGAAAGUAUUAUUUUCUGAUGACACGGUCAUUGAAUUGUGUACAAGUAAGUGACAUACACCUACAUAUUGCAUAUCGAGUGGUCAGUGGAGAAGGCAUUUCUUGGAGAUGUGAUUGGCAUUGUGAAGACUAUGUCAGAUAUUGUUCACAUUGCACCAAAGUCAACUGGACGUCAAGUCGUUCCCUUUCUUUCUCAUCUGGUAGUUCCUUUACUAUUAACCCAGAUUAUGGAUCAACAUACAACCUAGGAGGAUCGUAUGAAUUUGUUAAAUUUAAGGCAGAUGUCGAUCAGGUUACAUCGAUUUCUACCAAUCUGACAUACCUCAAUACACCCACAAAACUAUUGAGUCAAAUCAAAGAUGAAAAUCUUGGCCAUGGAGACAAGCCGGACUACUUCAAUGUGCAAGCAACUGUACUGUUUUUCAAGAAAGAUAAUGCUCUUUACAAAGCUUGCCCACUGGAACACCAGAACUUCAAAGUGGUUGACAUAGGGAAUGGACAAUACGGGUGUGAGAAACUCUACAGAACGUUUGAUUCAUUCAAAUGGCGAUAUUGCUUGCAGGUAAACAUCUAUGACUGCACUGGUGAACAAUGGAUUACUUUGUUCAAUGAACCAGUUGAAAGAUUGCUUGGUUACUCAGCACAAGCACUCGCAGAACUUAAAGAAUCAAUAAAUGUUUUAUAUUUUUUAUUAUUUUCGCUGACCUAAGAAGGUUGUAAAUUUGGUUUAGAAUGAGGCUGCUUAUGAUGAUGUUUUUGCUGAUACAAACUUUGGCAUGUACAACUUUAAACUCAAAGUCAAAGUUGAUAGUUACAAUGUAUAUGCAACUUUGAUAACAACGAAA